GAACGGUCGUUGGCGUGGGUGAACGCUUGUCACACACACGAGCAACAAUUACUCACAUUGUGAGAUACACAACCACAGUCGACCCACAAAUGCCACAAGGCUGGUAACUUGAUCUCCAUCCAAAGACAAUAGAGAAACAAGUUGGUCGUCGUCACGACUCCAUUCGUUUGCUGAAGCACCUGGAAAAUGUUUCGCGCUACGGAAAUUGGCAGUGAAGAAACUUUGCCUGCUCUCGCGGAACUCACACAAGCAUCGGCUGAUGCCGGGGAAACGGCACAGCUGAGGAAACCCCGCAGCUCCCUGCCAAACUAUGGAUUCGCCCCCAUACCCAGCAUACGCAUCGAGUACAAGUAUCCACGUGCCGUCUUCUUCAUACUGGGCACCAAAUUCUUUGAGGCAUUUGCGGCAAAUGGAAUACGCACUAUAUUGGUUCUCUUUUUGCGCGAUGAUCUUAACUUUUCGGAAAGCUUCUCAACGAUUGUUCUACACAUUUUCAACUUCUUUGGUCAGUUCUGUCCCAUAAUUGGAGCCGUCCUGGCGGAUAGUUAUAUGGGCAAUGUUCGUACCAUCUCUGGAUUUAGUUUUCUCUAUGCAUUUGGAUGGCUGCUUCUCACGCUGACAUCGCUACCAUCUGUGGGCAUGCCAGUGACAGCAUUUUUGCUGGUAUCGAUCUCCUUUAUAGCUGUCGGCAAUGGAUCCGUGCGAGCGUGCAUCACAUCGCUGGGCGCACUGCAGUUUAAGCUGCCAGAGCAAGCCCUAUAUUUGUCGGAAUACUUCUCCAUCUAUUAUUUUGUUUAUUAUUUUGGAAUAUUCGUAAGCAAAGUUCUGCCUCCGUUGGUGCGAGCAAACACUCAUUGUUUUGACAAGACAACAUGCUAUCCGGCUGUAUUUGGCACAUUGGGUAGUUCCUUUAUGAUGGCCUGGUUCAUCUUUCUCAUGGGCAAAUACUUCUACAAGCCGGAGAAAAUAUCCGGCGAUAACAUACUCUUUAAGUUCUGUGGCUGCAUCAAGACGGCGCUCCUGAGCAAGUGGCGACGUCGGCAGUCGGACAAAAGAUACACCUACUGGCUGCACAAUGCCAUCGGUCCCUAUGAUCUGGACUUUGUAAACGAUGUGUCCAAAGUUCUGCGUAUUAGCAAGCUCUUCAUUCCACUACCCUUCUACUUUGCUCUGCUGGCACAGCAGGACUCCAGCUGGACGUUUCAGGCGACCAUGAUGAAUACUACGGUGCUGGGUGUCACCAUACAACCGGAUCAGGCCAAAGCCGUCGGACCGAUCCUUUUAUUUAUUCUAAUUCCCCUCUGGCAAUAUAUAACCGCUCCACUUCUGCGUAGGCUGUUCCACUGGGAGCUACAGCCGCUUCACAGCGUCACUAUUGGCGGCAUUUGCUCAGCUGGAGCCUUCUUCUGUGCUGGCGCCCUGCAGGAUCGACUUAUGGAAUCACCUAGUUACAGCAUCAACAUUGUCUGGCAAAUUCCGCAGUUUCUGCUGCUCAUGUUGGGCGAAUUGUUGCUUUCGAUUCCUGGACUACAGUUUGCCUUCACGCAGGCUCCCUCCUCGAUGAAAUCGGUGGUUACAGCCGCCUGGUUUUUGAAUAAUGCCUUUGGCAAUCUCAUUGUUGUUCUUAUUACUCAACUGAAUGUGCUGAGCUCUCAAAAGUCCGAGUAUUUCUUCUAUGCGGUGCUUAUGCUGGUAUGCAUCAUAAUAUUUGCUCUGCUGGCCUUUGACUAUGCGCUGCAGGAUCGGAAAAAUAACUUUCAAGCGAGAGACUUGGUUGUGCUUCUCCCCAAUGAUCUGGACGAUGUGCCCACAUCCAGCAGUCGCACUGUGAGUGUCUAGAUACACGUGUAGUUUCCCGGUUUAGUAUUGGCAGUUAUUUUCAAACUAUUCUCAGCUUUACCGUUCCCAAUAAAACUGAGAACAGUUCUAUAUGAA